AGCAGGCAAAGCCCCACACCUUCCUACGUGAUACCCUUGGUCCAGCCCUUCCAACACCAUCCAUCGCCAUCCUCGAGCUUACCCAGACCCGUUCGCAACGCCUAGCCAGGCACUUUUCAUCUGAGAGUUGCUUACCUCCGAACCAAUUGCCCCUCUGACCUAUUUCCGGGGCCGUCCCCCGUUCUCCAUGCCCGUUUGCUUGAUUACUGCUUCCUCCCCUCUACCUCUACCUCUACCUCUGCCUCUACCUCUACCGCCAACCUGAGCUUCCCGCAGCAACCACUUCCCCCCCUCCUCCCUAGAACGCCCAGCUGGCCUCUCGACGCGUCACGGCCAUGUCUGCGACACCCGCGCCGCCGGAGGACCAGGCCCGUCUGCUGGAAGAUGCGCUGAUUGCCGUCCGCCAGCAGACGGCUCUCAUGCGGCGAUGUCUCGACACCCCGGGUAAACUGAUGGAUGCUCUGAAGUGCUGCUCUACACUCGUCUCCGAGCUCCGCACCAGCAGCCUUGGCCCGAAACAAUACUACGAGCUCUACAUGGCGGUGUUCGAUGCCCUACGCUACCUCUCCGUCCACCUCCGCGAGAAUCACCCGGUAAACCACCUAGCAGACCUCUACGAACUCGUCCAAUAUGCCGGAAACAUCAUCCCUCGUCUCUAUCUCAUGAUCACCGUCGGCACCGCCUACAUGUCCAUCGAAGAUGCCCCGGUGAAGGAACUCAUGAAGGAUAUGAUGGACAUGAGCCGCGGCGUCCAGCAUCCCGUUCGUGGCCUCUUUCUCCGAUAUUACCUAUCCGGCCAGGCCAGGGACUACCUACCCACCGGCGACGGCGACGGUCCCGAGGGCAACCUGUCCGACUCGAUCAACUUCAUCCUCACCAACUUCGUCGAGAUGAACAAGCUCUGGGUGCGCCUGCAACACCAAGGCCACUCCCGCGAGAGAGAGCAGAGGAUCAAGGAGCGGAAGGAGCUCCAGCUCCUCGUGGGCAGCAACAUCGUCCGCCUCAGCCAGCUCGUCGACCUCGAGACCUACAAGACCAGCAUCCUCGGCCCGCUCCUCGAGCAGGUCGUGCAGUGCCGCGAUGUGCUCGCGCAGGAGUACCUGCUCGAGGUCAUCACCCAGGUGUUCCCCGACGAGUUCCAUCUCCACACGCUCGACCAGUUCCUCGGCGCUGUGUCGCGCCUGAACCCCCACGUCAACGUGAAGGCCAUCGUCAUCGGCCUGAUGGAUAGGCUGUCGGACUAUGCCGAGAGGGAAGCUGCCAACAAUGGCGCCGACGAGGACAGGGAAAGAAUCGAGAGGGAGGCCUUGGCCAAGCUGCUCGAGCAGGUCAAGCUCAAGGCAGAAGAAGCAUCCGAGCAACCUGCCCCCGAGCCGCCGACGGACGACGACGCCCAAGCGGAUGAUACCAGCGACCCGCACCCGUCCGGUGCCAACGGCGAAGGACACCAACACCACCCCGGCGAGGACAAGGACGGGCGCAGAGGUGAGGAGGAUCAGGUCACACAAUCAGGGCAAUCGGCGACGGCUGGCGAGUCCGACGACGCAUCAAAGGCACAGCCCGACACGACUACUACGGCGAAUGGGUCCGAGUCUGCCGCGACCGAGGAGAAAAAGGAAGAGAAGACGGCACAGAAGGGCAUCCCGCAAGACGUCCAGCUCUACGAGAUCUUCUUCAGCCAGGUCAAAAACCUGGUCGAAGUGCAACACCUUCCCGUGCCAGACACCAUGGCCUUGCUGCAUUCCCUGACCAACUUGGCCCUCAACAUCUACCCCGACCGGCUCGACUUUGUCAACCAGAUCCUCGAGUACGCCGCCUCCAAGGUCCGGGACAACGCCAACAACGCCGACCUCCACUCGCCCGCGUCGCAGCAGAGCCUGCUGGCCCUCCUCCAAGCCCCCGUCAAGCGCUAUGUCUCGCUCUUCACCGCCCUCUCCCUCCCCGCCUACGUCCCGCUCUUCCAGUCCCAGCCCUACCCGACCCGCCGGGCCGUUGCCGGCGAGGUGGCGCGGAACCUCCUGCGAAACCGGACGAGGAUAUCGACGCCGACGCAGCUCGAGAACGUGCUCGAGGUUCUCAAGGUCCUCAUCCGGGAGGGCUCCCAACCACCGACCAACUACCCCGGCGUCACGCAGCGGAGGCCCAUCGAGACGGACGAGACCAUCGAAGAGCAAGGCUGGCUGGCGCGGAUCAUUCACCUCAUCGACGGCAAGGACAACGACACGCAGCUCAAACUGCUCCAGAUGACGCGCAAGGCCUACUCGGAGGGCAACGAGCGGAUCCGCACGACCACGUCGCCCCUCGUCACGGCGUGCAUGAAGCUGGCGCGGCGCUUCAAGGCGCGAGAACACUACGAGGACAACUGGGAAACCCAGAGCAACGCGCUGUACAAGUUCAUGCACUCGGCCAUCAGCGCGCUCUACGCCCGUGUCGGCGGGCCCGGCGCCGCCGACCUGGCCCUCCGGCUCUUCUGCGCCUCCGGGCAGACGGCGGACCAGACGGGGUUCGAGGAGGUGGCGUACGAGUUUUUCGCCCAGGCCUUCACCGUGUACGAGGAGUCCGUGUCGGAUUCCAAGGCGCAGUUCCAGGCCGUCUGCGUCAUCGCUUCGGCGCUCCACCAGACGCGCCACUUUGGCAAGGAGAAUUACGACACUCUCAUCACCAAGUGCGCGCAGCACGGGAGCAAGCUGUUGAGGAAGCCGGAUCAGUGUCGCGCUGUCUACCUCGCGAGCCAUUUGUGGUGGGCGAUGCCUCUUGCUGCUAAUGGGGAGACUGAAGAGACGGAGCUCUACCGCGAUGGAAAGCGCGUUCUCGAGUGUCUCCAGCGAGCCCUCCGUGUAGCCGACUCGUGCAUGGAGACGGCGGCGUCCAUUGAGCUCUUUGUCGAGAUUCUGGACCGCUACGUAUACUAUUUUGACCAGCAGAACGAGGCUGUCACGACGAAAUACCUCAACGGCCUCAUCGAGCUCAUCCACUCCAACCUGGCCGGUAAUCAGCAGGACUCGGCGUCGGUCGAGAAUAGCAAGCGCCAUUUCCACUCGACGCUCGAGAACAUUCGGAGUCGGCAGUACGAAGGCGUCGUGCUUUACCCUAAAUAGAGCGUCCGGCCUGUCAUGCGUGAGCACCAGCAUCAUGUGGCUGGUGCCGUGAGAGGUUGAGAAUGAUGCUGUGAGUGAAGGGGACUUUGAUUUGGGACGACGACCGCAUUUGCAGACCUACAGACAGAGGCAGAGACCGAACGAGAGAGGAAGAGAGAGAGGACGUUAGGAGGAGGAGAUAUCCGUCCUUAAUUCACUUGUCCCUAGAUUUUGUUUUAUUGUUUUCUUCUUUUCUUUUUCUUCUGUUCCGUCACCCGACGACACGGGGCAGGGACAGCCAGGGCAAAGGUUGAUCGAUGCCCAGCGCAUCGCAUUGUAAACUCAUGUACAGACUUUAUGCAGCUGAUUCCUAGUAAAGCGACCGAUUUUUAU